AUGCCCGGAAAUGAACCAAGCACCUCCAAAGCAACUACCGACGACAUAGAGAAACUCCUCAGCCGCGAAGCCUCCGCGUUUCAGCGCGAGAUCGAAGUAGAACGCAUCCUCGCCGCGUUCAAGCUCAACCCGUACGACAUUCUCGACCUUCAGCUGUCUGCGACUCCGGAGGACAUCAAGCGCAAAUACAGGCAACUUUCUCUCUUCAUCCAUCCUGACAAGACCCCCCAUGCUCGUGCCCCAGAAGCGUUCGAUAUCCUCAAGAAGGCCGAGUCGGAGCUCAGCGAACCGAAGAAGCGUGAAGAGCUGGAUGCCGUGAUCAGCCAAGCGCGCUCAGUUCUGCUCAAGUCUCAUGGGAUACCCACUACUGUCGCGGACGACGACCAUAGGAUUUUAGCACUGAAACCACCCUUCAAGGAGCAACUGCGGGCAAAAUCGAAGGAGCUCCUCAUCGAGGAAGAGUUGCGACGCAGAAAGGCUGUCAAGAUGAAUCUCGCUAACGAGGGUCUGGAAGCGCGCAAGAAAGAGGAGGAGAUCAAUGCGAAGAAGCGUAAGGCUGAAGAGGAUGCGGCAUGGGAAGCGACGCGAGAAGAGCGAGUUGGUAGCUGGAGGAACUUCGAGAAAGCGAAGACAAAGAAAAAGAAGACCAAAGGACCAGCUCUUCUUGGCUAA